AUGAGCAACGGACAGGUCACCAUCCUGUACUUCGCCUCAGCAAGGGACGCAACAAAGACCUCCCAAGAAACGCUCUCUAUCGACUCCCUUCGAACAGCAGGCGGCGCUCAAGUCUCGAUACCAGACCUCAUCACCGCGCUCAAAGCGCGCCAUCCGGCUCUCCAACUCAUCUUUACGACCGCGAUAGUGGCGGUCAAUAACGCAUAUGUGGACAGAGACGGGCGGAGCGUAGAUUCGGGCGACAUCGUGGCUGUCAAGGCGGGAGAUGAGAUUGCUGUUAUACCGCCCGUUAGCGGUGGAUGA